AUGAAUAAUUACGAAUAUUUGUCAGAAACUGAAAGACUACUUCUCAGUCAAUGUCCCUAUAAUCUAACGCUCACAAUUGAAGAACUAACUAAACCUUCUGCGAAAAAACACGAAAAUCCUGGCAAGCCACCAAGACCACAAAAUAGUUGGAUUAUUUUUCGAAAAGAUUAUGAAGCUAACAUACGUUUACUUAAUCCUGACGUCAAACAAAAUGUUAUACAUACUGCGAAGGGAUGUAGUGUGAAAUGGAAAUCGCAAUCAAUAGAGGUCAAGAAUUUUUUCAAAAUAUUGGAGAAAAUAGCUUGCAAGAAUCAUGAGCAAAUAUAUCCUAAUUAUAAAUAUAGGCCAAAAAAUGCAAAAGAUUCAAGCUAUAAAAAAUUUAUUUUUUGGGAACAGAAAAAAUAUGCAUUUAUUUCGACCAAGUCUAGUUCAACAAAUGACAAUUCAUUUCAAGAAGCAGCAGAAAUUAAUGCGUCGACUUCCUUAACAAAUAAUAUGACAAAUAAUUUGUCCAAUUUAACAUCACCAGCAAUUCAUAACAACUUAAGCAUAAAUAGUGUGACUACUUUACCUAUACUAAUCAAUAAUUUUAGCACAUUCUCAAAUAAUCAAUUUAUUUUUGCUUUAAUUCCGAUAAGCACAACACCGUUUAUUUCUUCACCCUCAUCACAUGUUCAAAUAUCUAUCCCUGAAUAUCUCACUUAUAAUUCUACAUAUAUGGCUGGAAAUUUGUCAAAUUUCAGUUUUGAUGAUUGUGAUUCUUUCACAAAUUGA